CAGGCAUUUCGUUCUCCGAAGAUCACGCCCACUACGGCCUGAAGAGCCAGGUCGUUGGCAGACCACCUCUUUCGGAUGACGAGCUGAAGGACAGGGGAGCUCAUAUCUCGAGGCACUCCGCUUCAUAGGUCCCAAUGCGCAGUACAUGUUCAUCUCGCUGGAGCGUGCCAUCGCUGACGCAGGCUUGGAGGAGAAGCACUACGCCGGGAACCCGCGGUGUGCCAACAUCACGGGCCAGGGCGGUACUUCCAUGGCGGACAUAGCAGAGGCCGACGAAGCCAUGCAGAAGCACGGGCCAUGGGCUGACAACAAGUGGGGCAGGAAGAUGGGGCCUUACCGCGUCACGAGGACGAUGGGAUCGGCGUCUUCUGCAGUGCUCUCCUCCUGGUUCAAGAUCCAGGGCCCUUCGUACUCGUUGUCUGCAGCCUGCUCCACUGGUGCCCACUGCAUCGGCCACGGCAUGGAGCAAAUUCAGGACACUGGACAAAGUUGACAUCUCGUUCGUCGGGGCAGGCGAGGAGAUAGGCUGGGAGUUCUCGUCCAUGUUUGACGCAAUGGGAUCCUUGUCUUCGAAUUUCAACGAGACGCCCUCUAAGCUCGGUGGCGAGUUCAGCGCUCUUGUUUUUCAACACCGCCCCUGAAGACAGACUUUGUGAGGCGUCGCGACCUCUGGACAAGAACGGUGAUGGCUUCGUGUUCGCGGGCGGUGGGGGCAUGCUCGUCCUCGAAGAACUUGAGCACGCCAAGGCCCGCGGGGCAAAGAUCUACGCGGAGCUUGUUGGUUACGGCUCCGCCGCCGACGGCUUCGACGUGCUGAACACCUCCGGCGUGGGUUGCGAGAGAAGCAUGAGGAGAUAGCUCUUGAGAUGGCGGACUCGGUGGCCGGCGCGAAGCCGGUGGACUACGUGAACAUGGGGGCCACGGGCGUGCGGGCGAACGAUGAGCAGGACCUCCGGCCGAGGCGGUGAAGCGGCUCUUCGCGGAGACCAAGGGCUACCGGCCGUACGUGGGGUCAACCAAGUCGCUCUCGGGCAACGCGCUGGCUGCCGCCGGCGUGCACGAGGCUAUCUACGCACUGCUGAUGAUCAACGGUGGCUUCUUGGCGAGGUUAACGAACGUGGACGACCCCAUCGACGCUGCUCAAGACAUGAACCUGCUCGUGGAGGGGUACUCGGGCCCACUGCAGCGGGUGAUGCUGAACUCCGUGGGCUUCGGCGGCACCAACGCCUCCCUGGUCUUCGACAAGUGGACCGGCAGCUGAGCGCCUCCCGGGGAGGUGCACGUCUCGGCCCGGUGGCGGAUAUUACUAAUGACGCUGCAUCAGACUCAGGCUCAGAGAA